UAAAAGAGUCUCUCCUCUUCUCUCUCUGUCUCUCUCGCUCCUCAUGAUCGAAAUUUUUUAUAUUUAGAAAUGGUAUGUGAUAGUUACAGAUACACGUUAAACGUGUGUAGUAUAAUCUAUCUAUAUUGAUGGAGACAAUAACCAUUAGAAUCUGACCUAUGGAUCUCAUUUCCUCUUGAGAUACUUUUCUCUCUCUCUCAGUUUUUUCCGUCUCCCAGAUCUGCUUACCAUUGGAAAGCUUCAAGCUAUUUGUUACAGGUUUUUUCGUGUGUGUGUGUGUGGACUGUGGAUAACCAGUAUAAUAGGACUAAUUAGCAGAUGCUCAUGUAGCUAAUUUCUUGUUGGAAGGGACGAACGAACCACAGAAUAAAAGAGUUAGAUCAUCGACCAAGGUGCCAUGUACUUCUUUGGUUUGUCCAAAGAGGAAGUGUUGUCACAGAAACAACAUGUUGCAUCACAUAAAGAGACUUUAAAGCAGAAUCCAAUGAGUACAGUCACUCUGUUUGGGAGACAGGUGUUUCCGGUUAAAAGCUCACCUAAGCUGCUGAUGAGAGAUAUCGAUCUUCGUCUUCCUGCAGAUCACUACGCUUAUAAUACCACUGUAGAUAUGGGAUUUCAUUCAGAGUUUGAAGCUAACAAGGAGAAAGAUGCAGCACUAGCCACAACUUGGAGUGGCAAGAGAGACCCAAAAAUUAUUAUUGACCUUGAGGAGCCUCCCACAACAGAGCAGGCAGAUUCUGUUAGCUAUGAACCGUCAUUCUUGGCUGAUGGGAUCAGCUCAAACAUAGUGGAUAUGGAGUCAGGUUUACUGGACCUUAACAGAACCCCACCGGAUGAUGAGUUAGUCUCCGAGCCUCAUUACUCUUUCUUACAAGACCUGAACUGUCCGUACAUUGAAGAGAAAGAAACUAGCUGCGAGAAGAGCGGAGUAGAUGAUGAUCCUACUACGCCUCUUUGCUCUUCUAAAUGCCAAAACGUCCAUGAAAAAGAGGGUACAGCAUCUCCAGCUUCAUAUACUUCUUGCUGCACCACUGAAAACAACUUAAGAACUCAAACACUGGAUCCUUCUUGCUGUACACGGCUUGAGUUUCCUGCUACGGAAGUCUUACCGGAGAACGAACGUUGUAACGAGGAGGAAGAGUUCUCUGAAGCUAUUCAAACGGCAGCUGAAUCAUUAGUCCACAUAUCAGCAGUUUCAUGUCAAGUGAGAACCAAUAGCUCAUCUCAAGAUCAAGAUUUGGAAUGUUGUUCAUGCGAUUCAUAUGAGCUACACACAUUAGGUCUAAGUGAAACCAACAUGGAAGAAGACUUAUGUGUGUCAUCAAUGGCUCUAGAUGAGAUCAAUAACAUGAAAAGAGAUAACAACAAAGAGAUUGGACUCAAGCUGAGAAGAGGGAGGAGAAUGAAGAACUUCCAGAAGGAGAUACUCCCGAGCUUAACUUCUCUCUCUAGGCACGAGAUACGCGAAGACAUUAACAUCUUGGAAGCAGUUUUGAGAUCAAGAGAGUACAAGAAGAUGCAGGGGAAAGCUAAAGAUGUCAAAUUAGGAGCAAACCAGAGAAACAAACGUCCAGUUUCACAGAGGUACGUUGGUAAAAGAAGGCGAAAACAUGAAUGAUUGCUCCAUUGUGUAAUGUUUUAAAAGUCUAUGUUGUUCAAGUAUUUUUAUUUAGAUUAUGGCAUUGAUUAUGGAUAAGAAGUUAUAGAUAGUAAGCUGAUGACAUUCUCAUUC